CAACUUAGUUGAGCUGGGCACUGGCUACUGACUGGGCAGACCCGUGGAACUUGUUCUUGGAUCCGGGUUGCACCCGAGGGGGAGAGUCGUUACUACAGUGUCUCCGUUUUUGGUGGGAAGCUACUACUUUUUUUUCGCCAGCUACGCCCAAACAGGAAGAAAAACACACUUUAGCAGCCGCCACAUACGUCCUAUCGGAUUUGAAUGAGGAACUAUGUAGCACGUACUUUUUUCUACGGCGAAAAACAGCUGAAACGUUGCCUUUUUAUGCUUUGCCCGCAUCAACACAUCCCUUCCUUCUAUGGACAGCACUGACUCCCACAAGAUGUUAAAAGGCCUUCGCUAUAUGCCAGCGACUCUUCAGAGAGGCUAUCAGCGUGUCCAAAGGGGAUGAUGGCAAAGGGAAAGUCUGUUAAUAUAGACAGCACUUCGUCUUUUCUUCGUGACCAGUUCACCUAUUAUGACAUUGUUGCAAAAGACUGUCGACAGAGUACUGUGAUUUUUUUUUUCCUCGCUGAGUGGCCAUGCUAGGAAUUAUGCUAUUUGUAAAGGAAUGCUUUGCUUUCUCUUGGUGUUAGCUCCGCAGUGGAUUCAUGGCCAACAGUAACAACAUGCUCGUGGCCUCUGCUGUGGUGGUGUGGGAAUGGCUGAACGAACACGGUCGGUGGCGGCCCUACAGCCCAGCCGUCUCCCAUCAAAUAGAGGCGGCCAUUCGGAGUGGAGAUACCCGCGGGGGGAGCGUCGUCCUCGGCCAGGUGGAGAGUCGACUCUCUCCGUACAUAAUUGAUCUCCAAUCCAUGCACCAGUUCAGACAAGACACAGGAACUAUCCGUCCAGUGAGGAGGAGUUUUUAUGACCCAGCUUCAGCCUUAGGACAAGGCUGGCAGUGGGAGUGGGAAAAUGAUGCAGGUUCAUGGACACCCUAUGACAUUGAGGUGGCUAUCGCCAUCGAGAAUGCUCAUAGCUGCCAGCAACCCUCCCUUGACUUGACACCCCUCGGCUUCUGCUACCUCAUUGAUUUUCAGAACAUGACACAGGUGAAUAGACAGAGCCAGAGGUGUCGAAGGAUUCAGCGACGUUCUGACAUGGCCUAUCCGCUAGUGUCUGGACCUCUUCCAUUGCCAAAAGUAGGAGGUGGAGGUGUAGGAGGAGGAUUGACAGGUGCCCUGCUCGGUGUUGGAAUAUCAGGGGCCAGCAUGGGAACUGGGGGCUCUGUUUACUCGAACGGGGGCAUAAUGACGACAGGACUGGGCCAGCCUUGCUCUUGCCAGCAAUGCAUGCUUGUCUUUAGUGUGAAAACAAACACAGGAGGAGCAGGAACAGGGAUACAAACUCUUGGUAAACGCUCACUAACCAUACAGCGGCUUAGGACCUCAGCACCCACCGGCUCAAAACCUUUGAAUCCACCUCAAUCAGCCACACUGCAGAGAGGGCAGCUCCUGAAGUCCAACUGCAACACCUAUCAGACGCUGCCACAUGGCCUCGCCAUCUCUAAAAACACUGCAUCUCCAAGAAGGAAUGCCCAGCUCUUUGCUCAAUCACUAGCUGCCCUCACCACAGGGACCUCCACUCUUGGUAUCUCCUCAUCUUCCAGGCCGCCUCCUCCGUCACUCCCGCCCCCUCAGCCACCAUCAUUCAACAUGAUUGUGAAUCCUCCGUCCAUUCCAACCAAACAUUCCUCAUCUUCAGCCAACAAAUCAGUGCCAACUGCCACAUUAAUUACCCCGGCUAACACUGUGACCACACCCCCAUCCCCUGUGCCAUCUCCGUCGCCAGCAGUAAUGAAGCCACAACGUGCACCAUUGUCUGCAUCCAAAGUGUGCCAUGCGCCACUACCACAGAGAUCAAGCUUAGCUGGACUGAGUAGACCAGCAUUGCAGAGAAUUGCCAUGGCCCAGUCAAGAGCACUUAUAGCAUCAGGUGUGCCCACUGUGCCUGUGAAAAAUCUGAAUGGAUCAAGUCCUGUUCACCCUGCACUGGCAGGGAUCACAGGAAUUUUGAUGAGUGCUGCUGCUCUGCCUGUGUGUCUUACAAGGCCUCCUAAACUUGUAUUACACCCUCCACCUGUUAGCAAGAGUGACAUUAAACCAGUGCCAGGCUUUGGCCACUGCUGCAGAAAGACCACCAAGAAACAGGCUCGCAAGGGUAAGACUCCAGAGGAUGUGGUAAAGAAGUACCUGCAGAAAGUAAAGAGUCCACCAGAUGAGGAUUGUACCAUAUGUAUGGAACCUUUAGCGGGUCCUUCUGGAUACAAAGGUCCAGGGGUGGGACCUGUUUCCAGAGCAGAAUCUGUUGGGCGACUAGCACAGUGUGGACACCAGUACCACUUCCAGUGUCUGGUGGCCAUGUAUAAUAAUGGCAACAAGGACGGCAGUCUUCAGUGUCCCACGUGUAAAACCAUCUAUGGUGUAAAGACUGGUAACCAACCAGCAGGGAAGAUGGAGUACCAUAUUAUCCCUCACUCACUACCAGGGCAUCCCGACUGCAAAACCAUUCGCAUAAUCUAUAACAUCCCACCAGGCAUUCAGGGACCAGAGCAUCCGAAUCCAGGGAAGCCCUUCACAGCCAGAGGCUUCCCAAGACACUGCUACCUCCCAGACAGUGACAUGGGACGCAAGGUAUUGAGACUGCUCCUGGUAGCGUGGGACCGUAGGUUGAUCUUUUCAGUUGGGACUUCAAGCACUACAGGAGAAUCUGACACAGUCAUAUGGAAUGAGGUCCACCACAAAACAGAGUUUGGUUCCAACCUGACAGGUCAUGGCUUCCCUGACCCUGGACACCUAGACAAUGUUCUGGAGGAGCUCCGAGCUCAGGGGAUCACAGAAGAUGAUGGAUUGACAGAAAAGUGACAAGAUAUGACAAGGGGAAGAAAAAUCAUCCUCACCAGAUAACAGAAGCAAGAAGAGGACAAGCGGCAGUCAGUCUGGCAGUAUUUUAAAGGGGCGCAGCAAACAUUUGGAGUGUUUUUUGUUCAAAUAACCACUUUUUUAAAUAUUGAUUUUGUUACUGGUAGUGACCCUGUAAUUCCAAUGCUGUAUAAUUAAAUACUUAUUAAAGGAAUGAGUAGAAGGAAAACCAGCCAGAGGAUAGAGGUGUUUUUUGCAACUCAGGAUCUAGGUACUAAAAGUCCACAAGUGAGAGUGAAAUGGUACUGAUAAGGAAUAACCAAAACAAGUUUACUUUACUGAGUGAAAUAAAAGAAGAUGGUCUGUUUGAAUGGGAGGGAUGGAGAGAAGGGACCAAGAGAGAAAGAUGUCUGAUGUGGGGGAGGGGACUGUCGGAAAACUAUGGCAGCAAGACAGAACAAGGGUUUACGAAUGUAGUGUAGGGUAAGAGUAACUUGUAAGGUACUUUACAGUUGCUAGUCCUUUCAUCACAAACACAUCAAAAGCAAUUAAGAAUGAAGUUGAUACAAUUUUUCUACAUUGCUCCCUCGUGUUUUUGUUUUGUUUUGUUGGGCUUCACUCAGUCAACAAGCCAAUGAACCACAUUAAAUCAUCUGGGUUUAACAUCACCUAUCAUUGUCACUGUAUUGCUUUACUUUGUGGGGGCCAGACUCAGUACAGUUGUCACUGUGUAUGAGUUGACAACGAAACCAAGGCCCUUUCUCCCCUAGCUAUCUUUGGUGUCUUACAAAUGAGUUGCUGAGGUACACACAAAACUUACAUUACACAAAGGUACCAGAAUUUACUUGCCUACCUAAUACUGUAAUAUGUAUAAAUUGAAUGAACGUGGGGUGUUUUUUUUUUUUUUUUUUUUUUUUUUUUUUUUUUUUUUCUUCUCUAUCUCCUCUCCCCUCCUGUGGUACCACUGGAACUCAUCCAAUGAGGUAAUUUUUCAGCACAGUGUUUUUCCUUUGCUGACAGCAAAUGAGCAUGUUCAAUACUGUGAGAUUUUCAUUCAGCUUAUCACCUUCUCUCUUCCAGCACCAAGUAAUAAUGCAUUAGCCAGUUCCUGUUUUGGGUCUGUAAAUUGCAGAUGAUCUUAAUGUUUCGAGUGAGUGCCUGUGUGUUGUGAGAGAAAAGCUGUGUACUGUGUAUACUGCCAACAUGCUCUGAGUAAAGAGUAUUAGCUAUUUCCUUUUUAUUUUUUGUGUAAUAUCUCAUUUGGCAACUUGGAGGAUGAUGAUGGUACUCACGAUGGUUAUUCCUGUUAUGUUUUUCCUCCUGGUAUUAUGUUAUAAUGUGAACUGUAGCUACAACUUUUAUGUACAGUAGUAUAUUCCUGACAUGAUCAUAGAGUUAAUAGGCUUUGUUGUACAUUUGUGUAUUCGUCAUGUACUUUUUGUUAGUAUUGGUUUACAAUUUUUUAAUACAAUAGAUUUUUCAAUUUUGUUUGCAUACAGAAGUGAGGCUGAUUUUUACACGUUAUUUUUUUAGAUGGUUUGAGAAAGUCAAAGGGUGAUUAUAUUGGAUUGAUGUUGUCAUAAUUGUCCUUGCAGUUUGUCCUCUUGCUCUGAUGACCUAAACGUGUACAUCAUAUUGUAGAGAUCUAAUACAACCUUAAUUCCAAUGAAGUUUGGAUGUUGAGUUAAGCAUGAAUAAAAACAGAAUACAAUGAUUUGCAAAUCAUGUUUGACCUAUAUUUAAUUGAAUACACUACAAAGACAAGAUAUUUAAUGUUCAAACUGAUAAACUUUAUUGUUUUUAGCAAAUAAUCAUUAACUUAGAAUUUUAUGGCUCCAACACGUUGCAAAAAAGCUGGGACAGGGUCAGGCCAGUCUACUACCCGCACUCUUUUACUACGAAGCCAUGCUGUUGUAACACGUGCAGAAUGUGGUUUUGCAUUGUCUGGCUGAAAUAAGCAGGGGCAUCCAUGCAAAAGACAUUACUUGGAUGGCAGCAUAUGUUUCUCCAAAACCUGUAUGUACCUUUCAGCAUUAAUGGUGCCUUCACAGAUGUGUAAGUUACCCAUGCCGUUGGCACUAACACAGCCCCAUACCAUCACAGAUGCUGGCUUUUGAACUUUGCGUCCAUAAGUGGUUUUCGGCCUUGCCGCUUACAUGCAGUGAUUUCUCUAAUAUUCUCUGAACCUUUUGAUGAUGUUAUGGACCGUAGAUGAUGAAAUCCCUAAAUUCCUUACAAUUGUACCUUGAGGAACAUUGUCCUUAAACUGUUCGACUAUUUUCUCACAGGGUUGUUCACAAAGAGGUGAACCUCGCCUCAUCUUUGCUUGUGAAUGACUGAGCAAUUCAGGGAAGCUGCUUUUAUACCCAAUCAUGGCACCCACCUGUUCCCAAUUAGCCUGUUCACUUGUGGGAUGUUCCGAACAGAUGUUUGAUGAGCAUUCUUCAACUUUCUCAGUCUUUUUUGCCACCUGUCCCAGUUUUUUUGGAAUGUGUUGCAGCCAUAAAAUUCUAAGUUAAUGAAUAUUUGCUAAAAACAACAAAGUUGAUCAGUUUGAACAUUAAAUAUAUUGUCUUUGUAGUGUAUUCAAUUAAAUAUAGGUCAAACAUGAUUUGCAAAUCAUUGUAUUCUGUUUUUAUUUAUGUUUAACACAACGUCCCAACUUAAUUGGAAUUGGGGUUGUGCAGCCAUUGUUUAAACUAUUUGAGCAAAGUGGAAAAGACAAGUAACUCAUUAUUCAAGUCAUGGUCCUCCUUUUAAAGCAGAUUUCUUUGCCAUUAGCAGUUCGUCCAGAUGGCAAUCGUUCAUCCUCCUGAUGUGAGCUCUUGGAUUGUGUUUGUACGAUUGGACUCAGAAAAAAGUGUCCACCUAUGGGAAGGACAAUGUGUAGUUAGAAAAAUGCUAGCGUAUGACUGAUUAAUACAUGUAAAAAUAAACAAUGUAUGAAACCUCAA